UUCAGAGCAGACAAGCAUAAUCACGAGCUGAGCAACGGGACCGCAAGCGUCGUCAGCUCAAACCAGCAAACACUGCAUUCUCUCUGUUCUUAUUUAAUACACAAACGUCGCGGUUUGCUGUUCGCAACAUAACCUUGAGGUUUUACAGUAAGGGAAGGAGACAUGUCUCAGGAAAAGCCCAGCUACCCUAUAAUGGGGGAAAACAACCCUCUUCACAACAAUGUCUACGGACCGCCCAAAAUUGAUGCGUUUGGUAUGCCCCCACCCAACUUCAACCAGGGUCCAGCAGCACCUCCAUAUGUGGCACCUCCAUACGUGGCACCUGACUCCUAUAACCAGACUGGAUACGGACAGCCUGCUUUUGGCCAACCCGCAGCCCAACCUGGGUUUGGCCCUGGACCCUACCCGCAGAUGCCGUAUCCACAGAUGCCCUACCCACAGGGGACCUACCCUCAGGGGCCAUACCCACAGAGUCCUUACCAGCAGGGGCCCGACCAACCUGGCAUAAGUGCAGAUCCGAAUGUGUCUAUUGGGAGUCCUGGUUAUCACACUGGAGAUGGUCCCCCCUCUUAUUAUGGCAACGACGAGUUUUCUAACUCAAACUGGGAAGAUAAGAGUAUCAGACAGGCCUUUAUUAGAAAGGUGUUUUUGGUGCUGUCUGUUCAGCUGUUGGUCACCUUCUCUUUUGUUGCCAUUUUCACCUUUUCGACCGACGUCAAAGUGUUUGUACGGAGGAAUCAGUGGACAUACUAUGUGUCGUACGCAAUCUUCUUCGUGUCACUCAUCGUGCUCAGCUGCUGCGGAGAGUUUCGUCGCAAACACCCAUGGAAUCUUGUGGCACUGUCCAUCCUGACCCUGAGUCUGUCCUACAUGGUGGGCAUGGUCGCCAGCUAUUAUGACACGGAUGCGGUCAUCAUGGCAGUGGGCAUCACCGUUGUGGUCUGCUUUACAGUUGUGCUUUUCUCCCUGCAGAGCAAAUAUGACUUCACUUCCUGCUGGGGUGUGCUUUUCGUCUGUCUGAUUGUCCUGCUCGUCGCCUCCAUCCUCUGCAUCUUCAUUCAAAACAAAAUUCUCCACAUUGUGUACGCCUCCCUCGGUGCCCUGCUCUUCACCUGCUUCCUGGCUGUGGACACCCAGCUUCUUUUGGGCAACAAGAAGCUGUCUCUUAGCCCAGAGGAGUACGUCUUUGGAGCUCUCAACCUCUACACUGACAUCAUCAACAUCUUCCUUUACAUCCUGGCCAUUGUGGGUCGCACCAGGGACUGAGUGCGCCCCCGCCCUGUGGGAAGAGGGAAGUGCAGUCUAUCUUACGCAGAAUGGUGUAUCACCUUACCUCUCAUUACCUUUCCUCAUAUCUUUUGAGUCCUAAUUUAUUUUUUCUCACAUUCACUACAGUAUAUAUAACAUAUGUACAUUCUUGUUAUAAAAAGGCUUAGUCUUUUCUGGACUUAGCACCAAUCAAAAUAAACAAAAAUACAUUUUUAGAAAUGUAUUAAAUCCAUACGAAGAGUUUCAUGAAACCAUAAUCUUUACGUCGUUCUGCUGCAUAGCUUGUUUCCUGUUUAAACCGCUUGCGUGGUUCUGGAGAUGUUUAGCGUGAUAUGACAGCUGCAUCAAAACAGCUUUGCAUCAAUGACAUCAAUGGACUGGGGUAGAUUUAUAUUUAGAGCCAUGAUACUGAUCCUAAUGUGCUCCACUAGAUAAUAACAUUUCUCUGCAUGGUAGUCUGAAGUUCAGUUUAUACCCGAGCGUAGGACGUACGCCUUAGCCUACGCAGAGCCCUUAGCCUACGUACCCUGCGCCGUAGCGCACCUCUCCAAAAAUGUAACGACGCGGAUCGCUGGGAUUGGUCUGUUUGAACCCCUCCCUCAAAUAAAAAAACUGUGUGAUAGUCAUGUUUACUCAAACGCAUUUCCGAAUGAAUUAUCCGAGUAAAUUAUUUGUGCUUCUGUAUUAGUCAUCUCAAAUCUGCAACAAACAUUACUGUUUACUUACCUCUUUCACUGCUAAUGCUUAUUAAACUAGCUGCUUCUUCUUCGGCUCUUGUCUUGGUUACACAAGCAACAUGCGUGUGGACACUGACAACUAGUGGUCAUUACCUGUCAACAUGGAUAACAACAUAGAAGUAUAAAUGAAAACCAACAAUUAAUCUACGGCGAAGGUCCGACGCUCGAGUAUAAACUUUGCUUAACGCAGCAAAGAAUGUCGGAUAGACAAAAACAGAUACUUCUCCAAACAUUAUAUAUUAGAUAUAGCUGUACAUAGUCAAAUAAUACCUGAUACCCCUCCAGAUCUAGGCAUGAAUAUGUGUAAGUCUGUGUUUUUUAACCAUACUGCUUUGCGACGUAAUAACACAUAUACACUCCAAAAUAACAAAAGGAUGUUCAGGUGACUGGAUCAUCUACAGUAAUACUGUAAGCACUGACAAGUACAAAAAAGUAUGUAAAUAGUUUUUUUAGCAGAGUGUAGUUGUCAGGUCUUGACAAUUAAAUUGUUCCAAAGGUCAGUAUUAAGAAGCUCUAUCAUUACAUACUGUAACAUACUUGUUUAUACACACAUGCUUAUUACUUAACUUUUUUUCUUUUUGUAAAAUAUAUUUUGUGUGUGUUUGUUUGAGGAAAAGCAAUGUUUUCCUGCCUUUAAGCUGGUUUAACUGGUUGCAUGUUACUUUGCAAAACAUUCCAUAUGCUGGAAAAUGUUUGCAGGAAAAACAUUUGGAGGAAAACUCCUACAAUGUAUGUCGUUGUGCAUAUUGGGAAUUGAUUUAUUUAACUGACUAGGAAGACUUGCAAAUAAUACAUUGUUUAUUGCUUUGAUAAAUUGAAUUUAGAAAUCCGAAGGGUUUAAAUUUUUUUAUACCGUUAAUGACCACUUUAAAAUGACAUAAAUUAAAUUUAAAUUACUUAAUGAUUACAAAAAUGUAAAGGAUAUAUUAAAGUUAGACUGCAGAAAAGUCACUCCAGAUUUUAACCUAAGAAUGUGAAUUGACAUUGUGUCACAUCUAAUUAAAUUUGUAUAUUUAUUAAGAAUCUGUUUUCACAUCACAUCAAUGUAACCAGCUGCAAUCUUCUGCCUUGCAUGUGGAACUGUUGCACAUUGAACUAGCUAUGACAGACAUGGUUGAAGAAAAUAUUGACUUGUGUGGCAUAACUCUUUUUUUAUGUUAUUAAAUGUUUGUCUUUAAAACUAACUUUAGCAUAAGUAAAGCUUUAGUGGAUUGAGGUGUGUUUGGGCUUUGUAGAUCUGUUUUCUCUGUAAAUUUGCAUUAAACUGAAGUAAACUAGA